CUGAGAUUCGCGAAUAUUGCGUAUUUAGGUUAUACGAGCGGUGAUUUGAAUUGAAUUUAGAAUUUUGUAUCGUAUUACUAGUGCUUAAGUAUUGAUUGGAAGAUAAAUAAUUAUGGCUGGUGUACUCUUCGAAGAUAUUUUCAAUGUUAAAGACAUCGACCAAGAAGGAAAGAAAUUUGACAGAGUCAGUCGCUUGCACUGCGAGAGCGAGUCCUUCAAAAUGGACCUAAUCCUCGACAUCCACUCUUGGCUGUAUCCAAUGGAGCUAGGUGAUAAAUUUCGAUUGGUACUAGCAACGACAUUAAGAGAAGAUGGUUAUCCAGAUCAGAGUGAUUGGAACCCCGCCGGAUUGGAAACGGAAGGAUCGAGAGCGGAUAGCUUCGAAUACGUAAUGUCUGGGAAGGUGUACCGGAUAGAAGGAGAUGAAGCGGCAGCGGAACAAUCUGGCAGACUGGCUGCGUACGUAUCUUUUGGAGGAUUAUUGAUGAGACUGCAAGGAGACGCUAAUAAUUUACAUGGAUUUGAAAUUGAUCAAAUGAUGUAUUUGCUAAUGAAGAAACUCGCAUUUUAAAGUAAAAAACCAAUGGUGCUUGUGAAGUGUGUUUUUAAUGUAAUUCUGAAAAAUAAAGUUUUUGAAACCAA